CUGCACUGUGGAAGAGUGCUGCCGCCUGGCGCUAGUAGCCUCCCUUUGCCGCCUGGCCUGCGUAUCAGUGCUGUAGUAACUUUCAAGCCGCAAGCUAGUGCUGCUGCUACCGACUGGCCAGGUAGGGAGGGUGUGGGAAAAGGCCUCGCGUACUGCCAUCAGUAUGCGCACAACCGCCCUCACUUCCGCGUGCGUCACCUGCAGGCUGGCAUGGCGCAGAGAUCGGCGGGAGUGCGCAGCAGCGUCCAGUUAGCGGCACGGCAGCAUCAGACCAGGUCCCGUUAUAUAAACUGGACAUUUUUCAGGUGGGGAGGGGAAGAGAACGGAGUGCUGGAGACAAUUGAAGCAUCUCGUGGCUGAGCGAUUAUAAUGCGGCAAGUGAGGCGUUGUUAAAAAGAGAAAAAGGUGCCAAGAGCGCAUGUGCUGUGACGUCACUGUCGUGAAAGCUUGCUGCAGUGUGGUCGUGCGGACGAGCAAGGACCCGGAUGUGGCACUACGGCUGGGCCGCGUGCAGUUGACAAGUAGGGUGAGUGGGGCGCCGCCAAGAGGGCGACGAGCAUCUUCCGGGAGAUAGGGACCUGUCCGCUGUUCUGGCUAAGUUGCUGACACUGGAACUCCUCCUCUUCCGGUAACCGCCGCGGACUGCUUGGACAAGAAACGGCUUGGGUGGGGGAAACGCAAAGGACUGACUGCCAUGAAUCGCGAGUUCCUGCACCGGUAAACCUAUUGCAGUUCUUGAGGGCUACCACGAUACUGCUGCAUCCUGUGUGUGGGCAUGAUGGGGAGGUAUUAUGAAGCAGCGUUUGAAGACGUUAGGCUGUGGCGUGGCUGUGUGAGGGGUGCUGACGGUGAGUUUCACAAGAAAAUGGUCAGGAUCCAGCGAUGGUGAAAGAGUGUCCUCGGAAAGGAGGAGAAGAAUAGGUGCAGGCACUGCAAGAGGACACUGUAGCCAUGAGCAACAACGGCAACACCAGCAGCACCAGCGGCGCUGGCUCCGGUCGCCAGGGGUCGAGCUUCAUGUCGUACAUGUACUCGUCGGCGGAGAGCUUCAUCAACAGCGCACUGGAGGACAUGUACCAGUUCCACGCCAACACCUUCCACUUCGACCACCACCUGCACGGGGGCCACGCUGACACCAUUUUCGACCGCGCCGGCUUCUUCGGCCGCUUCCCGAUGGACCUCAGCUGGGACUUUGACCGCCUGAGCCGCCUGAACAACAACUGCUUCGAUUUCGCCAAUCAGUUCGACAGUCUGGGCCGCCACCAUCACCAUCACCACCAUGCCUCGACUUCGGCUGUCACCCAGACAAAGAAGACGGACGACAACCAGUGGUGGGAGCUGUUCGACCCCAACACCUCGCGCUUCUACUACUACAACGCCACCAGCCAGAAGACAGUCUGGCAUCGUCCCCACAACUGUGAUAUCAUCCCCCUCGCUAAACUACAGACCUUGAAGCAAAACACAGAAGUUCGCGACGAUGAGCUGCGCCUGGGCUCCAGCAAGAAACGGGAGAUGGGCACCCAGACCCCCAUCACGACUCCGCGGCGCGAGCACGGGCGGGCCUCCUCCCUCAGAGCUUCAUCAUCGGGACAGUCGCACACCAGUCCUCGCGUGGCGCGCAAGCAUCGAUACACGCGACAGGACUCCAUAUCUUCACACAGCAGCAGUUCAGGUCGGCAGGAGAGCUCAGAGACCCAUUCCUCCAUCAAUGGGGAGGUCCCCAGGCGUGGAAGUCACUCUUCACAAUCCACCCAAAGUGACAAAUUGCCUUUUGCCCCACUGCCUCGCAGCAUAGCAAGGAGGGACUCCUUUGAGAUGCCCCAGCGUACCAUUAUUGACUCUCCUCGACCACAACGCUCCCGAUCUCUUCACAAAACCACCUCUGACUCCAGCAUGACCGGGCCUCAUGGCAGACCAGGUCAUCACCACCCUCCCAUGGGUCCAGAUUCCUUCUCUUUCCAUCGCCAGGGCAGCGUGGAUAAUCGUUCCCGGCAAGUGGGUGUAGCGGAGGCUCAUAUACGUCAAAGCAGUCUGGGGGACAGUCCUUCCAGGCAACUGGCAUAUGGAGAUGCACCAUCUACUCCUAGAAAGAGUUCCCUUCAGGAACUGGGCACGCAGACCUCCCAGUUUGCGGUGGAAGCUUUCCCAGCAUCAGUGGUAUACGUUCGGCCAGACACAUACCACCAGGAAGUGCCAGGCUCUGUCCGUGUUUACAGCCCAGAUCUUCGAUCCAGCCGAGAGGAGUAUCUUGCUUUCUCUCAGGACAUUGCUGGACAGCAAGGAAGUGGUUCUCCUUUGCCUGGAGUGCAUAAAUCUAAACCUCGUGCAUUCCCACGAACUAACCCCACAUGCCGCAGAGAGGGAUCAACCAGCUUCAAGCGGGAUGGUAACAGUGCAGGGCUACCUGGGUAUGACGUGCCCUUCCUACAACAAGAUCCUUCCCUUUUCAGUAGCACAGGAUCCCAGUCUUCACAGUCAUAUUCUGACACGACUGACAGCUAUAACUAUACCAGACAUGAACGCUCUGACAGUGACACUUCUCACUCUUCCAACCGCCUGAUAAGUUUCCGACCAGAGCGCUCGCCAAUGGAUAAUCAGAUAAUGUAUUCUCGCAUGCGGGAACUGUCCGACAGCCAGUCCUCACAAGGGUCUUCAAGGAACAUGUCAGACACACAUUCCUCACAGGGUUCACUGCGUAACCUGCAGGACAGUGCUGUUUCGGUGCAGGACAGCAUAUCCUCCAAAAGUGCUGGAGGGGGCUCAGACCAUGACUUGACCUGUCAGGAACGCACAGACAGUCGGCUGUCUCAAUCAGCAGCCAACAUGAACAUUUGUACUCCAGUGAAUAGCUCCGUAAACCAUGAUGGCGAGCCAGAUUACGCAAACAUCCCACCUAGAACAACAUACCUAGGCAAAGCAACCAACGGCUUUCAGUCUGCUAGUCCCAUAGACUCCAGCUUGGGUCUGAGCAAGCAGGAGGUGCAACUAAGGCCACAUUAUCCAGACUAUGAAAGUGUUCCUGACCAAGGGUUUGAAGACUCCGACUCCAGCAGUAUCUUGUCUUCUAACUCCCCUCGUGGCCUCAUCCAGUCCUCACCCAUCCCUAUUUCCAUGGAGACUCACCAUGCUUCCCUGCGCCGCAAGAAGCCUGAUAAAGGAGAGGCUAGCCCAGCUGUGGAACGCAGCCAGUCACUGCAGGCGGACAUGAGCCACCGCCCAUUGUCUAUGGUGGUGCCCUCUCAGUCUGAUGCCAACAUGUCGCUCAGCCCGAGCACAAGUUCACUGAACAGACAGAAGCUUCCCUCAGAGAGUGACAUUGAGAGCUAUGCCCACCAGCAUUUAAACCGCCACAAGAAGGGACUGUUUGGGAAGAAAGUUUCCAUCAACAACAUGCUCACUUGGUCUAAGGACCCUAUCCAGAAACCAAUGAUACGCACAAACGACAAAGGCAUUAAAAAAGAAGCCUGUGAUAUCUUCAAAUUGAUACAAGUGUACAUGGGGGACAGACGAGGAAAGCAAGCGCCCAUGAGUGUGGCACUGGACAUCAUAAACAAAGGCUGGUCGAUGAUCAACAUCAGGGAUGAAAUCUACAUCCAGCUCACACGCCAAACCACGGAAAAUAAAAAUGAGAAGAGUCUUCAACAUGGAUGGGAGCUUUUGGCCACCUGUCUCCAUUUCUUCCCUCCGACAAUGCGGUUCUACUCUUACCUGGAGGGCUACAUUUCCAAGCAUAUUGACCACAGCUUUGACUUGCCUAAUGUACCAGUCAGCCACUUUGCUGUUCAUUGUGCUCAGCGACUUGAACGCAUCAUGCAGACUGGUGCCAAGAGAGGCGUCCGCAAACCAACUCUAGAAGAAGUGGAGCAAGCUGUGAAAUCUAUAUUUCAUCCUUCCAUGUUUGGAAGCAUGUUGGAGGAUGUCAUGCUGCUUCAGAAGGAGCGUUACCCAGACAGGCAGUUGCCUUGGAUACAGACCACACUUUCUGAAGAGGUUUUGCGACUGAGUGGUACACAGACAGAGGGUAUUUUCAGGGUACCUGGAGACAUAGACGAGGUGAAUGCCUUAAAGCUGCGGUGCGACCAGUGGAUGCUGCCUUCUGAUUGUCCUGACCCCCACAUACCAGCAUCGCUGCUGAAACUGUGGUACAGAGAGUUGCGCGAACCUCUUAUUCCAACCCACCUGUAUGAGGAGUGCGUUCAGCAGCAUGCCAACCCACUAGCAGCUAUAGCCAUCGUCAACCAGCUGCCAGAGAUCAACCGCCUGGUCCUCUGCUACCUCAUCCGCUUUCUUCAGGUGUUCGCUGCACCAGAGAAUGCUGCUGUCACCAAGAUGGAUGUUAACAACCUUGCCAUGGUGAUGGCACCCAACUGUCUCCGCUGUGAGAGCCAAGACCCCCGUGUCAUCUUUGAGAACACACGCAAGGAAAUGGGCUUCUUACGCACUCUUAUUCAGGCAUUGGACACUUCCUUUAUGGAAGGAAUCGUAUGAGACAGCUGCUUGCAUCUGCUUAGGAAACAGGAGAAGGAGAAAGAAGCAUGUCACACAAAUCUGAAGUGUAAGACUAAAGAAUCCUGUUAGAAACUUGCAUGAUUCUGUGCAAUGACUGAUGAAUGCUGAGCGACCGAUUCCUUUCUCAGUAAAGGCUGCAUCAAGUGUCAUUUUUUUUCAAUGGGUAUCAGGCAUGCUUUUAAGUGUUAUUGUUAACUGUUAUCCAGUUUCUGCCUCCUGUUAUUGUGAAUUUAAGCUAACAUUCUUUGAGUGCACACUGUGGAUUUGUGUGUGUGUGAAUAGAACAUUUCAGAAGGUUAAAAUGUCUUUUUAAUGUAGAAUAGUAGUUGUGUUUAUUUAAUUUGGCACACUGAGACUGGUUUGAUAAUGUCAUGGAGUUAUUUGAGAGAUUGAGACUUACAGGGACAUAUUGAGACUUACACUGGUCACACAGUUAUGUGGCUUUUCACGUAAAGCAUUAAAUGAGUGUCAAACAGCAAGACAAACUACUGAUUACUAAGUAACAGAUAUACUUAAAUGGAUUCUGAGAUAGAUGGCACAAAUAGAAAAAUAGAUUCUAUUUAUAUAUAUCAUUUAUUACUAAAAAAAUAAUUGUUUGUAUCACAUGUUUGUUACUGAUUGGGGGGGCUUCAGUAAGCUCAUGUGUCAUGUACUCUUGCUGUGUUUGCAAAAUGAACAAAAUCUUUGCCAUUUUUAACUAGUGUCUAUGACACCUUAGAACAAAAUUUUACAUAAUCAAAACAUAUUUAAAAAUAUCAAACAUUACUAGAUUGCUUAAUCACAUCUUGGCUUUUCAUGAUGGAUUGAGCUGUCUGACAUGCCACUUGUUUUUUGGCAUUCACGAGGCUGCCAUCUUGUUCAUGAGCAUAGUGUCUCAAACAGCCACAACAAUGUUUUUUACAUUUUCUCAAUACUUUCCCUGGUAAUCACUCAGUUCUAUCUUUGCUAGUGGGUGAUUGCUACCCAAAUGAAAAAUAGUUAAGAGAGCCUCAGCUAUUUUGGCUGAAGACCCUGUGAUCAAUAUCCUAGCUCUUACUAAAAAAAUGUUUUCUGCGCACUUUAAACACAGACUGUUUGCAUUUUGAGUAACUGACCUUGUGGUUUGAAAAAAGAUGCUUUUCUUUUCUGUGCUUGAAACUGUUAUCUUUGUAGCAUGGAGAUGCACAAGUCUAGGGUUAGUGCAUAGGGUUAUCUGCUUAUGGCAACUGUGCAUAGAAUGUAAUAUGUUACUUGUGGGAAAGAGCAGAAAUAUUUAUUGAUGAUGGUAUCACUCCAGCAACAGACCUUAAAAAAGAGGCCACUGGUGAAGCUGAAUGUUUUCCAUAACACAGCUUUUGAGCAGCCUUUCUAGAAGCUCUCCUGUGUUUGUUUCUUGGAUUUCUCAUGCUGUGGUUGCAAUGGCAGUCACCUGUCAAGCCUGGGUCAGGUGCCAUGAAGAAGCUACAGUAUUGAUGGAUGAGGGAAAUUCUCUCUGUAUUUGUGUGAGGAUGUACAGUGUUGGGAGGAUCUGGAAAACUUACUUGGACAAGCACACACAUCACAGCUCAGGUAUUUUAUGUUUGGAUCAGGCCAGAUGCAGAGUGAAUGAACUGUUUUACCCUGUGAGGGAUCCAGAAAGAGAAAAAAAAACAAUUUUGAGCUUCUGGUACCCGUAGAAGUUCUCACUGCAUCAAAUGACGAACAAUAAGCACAGUUUUCCAGAAAGGAAUCUUGAAGGGGCUUCCAUGUAUGAGCAUCUGCUGUUUGGGGAAAAAAAUCAUUCAACUGUUGUCUCCAGUGUCCAUCGUGGAUGAGAGUGCUAAUAUAGAUCAGGGUUAUGUUUAUAGUUAUUGUGCUAAUCGCUGCUGUUGUGCCAGAUGAAUAUCGGCCUGCUGCAUGCAUGCCUCUUUCCCUGUUCUCUUCACAUCCAUGCAGGCAGGCCAUGAUCAUGCAGCUAGCUUCCAAGCUCAAUGAUUUCUGUAGAACACUGUUAUCUGUGUUCUGCUUUUUGCAUUUGUAUUACAUCUCUGUGCUGUGAAAUUUGCUAUGGUGAGGUGAAUGUCAAACUUUUUAUGUAAGACAUUUUGGGGUGGACUUUUUGGAUUUGAAAUUUACUUCUUCAGAGUAGCAUUUAAGGCAAAAAAAAAGUUAUCUAGCUAGAUCCAUUUUACUACACCCAGAUUUGACAUAUGAAUUAUUAAAUUCUUCCAGUUCCAAGUCAGAAGAGAAAGAAAUGGCACAAAGCAUUUAAAGGGUUGUGACUGGAAGAUUGUUAAACCAUAUGCACUCAUCUCCUUAUUUAUCAAGUGUUCUUAUCAGUAUGGUAGUAUAAGGAAAACUGGGAUUGGUUCCUGCACUGAGAAAAUGACUAAAGCAUUCCUCUAUGUUGACAUGACCUUUAUUUGUAUUCGAAGAAAAAGUGACUUUUCAGCAACUUGCCAAAAAAGGAGUUUUUAAAUGUCUCACAUUUUGUAGCCACUAUUACAAGUCAUGUAUAGCCCAUUUUCAUGAUUAUGAUCUUUCUGAAAAGGUUAACUGCUUGUUGUAAACUAUUGUUAUUAUGUCGUUUGGUUUGCGUGCAACAAAUUCUGUCUCAGAUUUUUUAGUGGAGCUGUCUUUGCUGCCAUCACAUUCCCUGUCCAUCUUAUUGGAACAAAACCUCUUGGAGCAAGCAGAAGAACAGAGCAUCAAUGCAUGAUCACUUGGAGGCUUUACAAGUUCAAGUUGUCUUUUAUAUAGGGGUCAUUGUAAACACUAUCGUUGUACUCAAAUUUGAUCUUAAGAUGUUAUGCACAUUUUCAGAACCCUGUCACUUACUGUGCGGUCAAGAUAACUUAUGUGAUUAGGAUUAAUAAUCAGCAUAGCAUAUAAUAUCCAUAUACAUCUUUCUCAUGUGCAUAUGCUGAUCCAGGCAUGUGUGUACUGCUUUCCAGUCCUACAUAAACCGUACAUCUUUCAGUCCACAGCUCAUUUUGAGCUUAAUACAUCAUACAUACAAAGUGACAUCAUCAUAUUGGAACUGUAAUUUCAUAAGAUCAUGGGCAGAUAUCUGUAAGUGUUAAAUUACAGUUAUUGAUUGAUCAGAAAAUUUCCUAAUGCAGCUUAGUAUGUGUGCAACAUUUGGGUAGAGAUGGUGGCUGCUUACAAAGUAGUUCUGAUUCAUGUACAGCAUUUCUUUGUUGCUUUGACAAAUGGGAGAACACUCAUGGGUUUGGCAUUUCCAGCAUUUGUUUUUUCUAUGGCAUACAAAAAAAGUUUGAGCAUUCGUGUUGUACUUCAUGGUGUAACCUUCAACACAUCUUGUCCAUUAUAUCAAGGAAAAUAAUAACCACCUUUUAAAAAAAAAAUUCAUGCUUUCAGUUUUUGCCUGCUUUCAUCUUACAAUGUCUGUAACUGAAAGAGUGCGUAAUAGUAAUAAUGAGGCUUGUCCACAUGAAACAGACUGACAUUUUUUUGAAAGAGUAAGUAAUAAUAAGGGAUGUUCAAAUGAAAAACUGCCUGAUAGCUAAAACAAUCUUUGGCAGCUUUUCGAACGUUGGCAUCUGGUACUUUGCAGGACAGGUGGUACGUCAGCAAAUGUGUUCUAAAGUCACAAAAGGAUGAGGGUCUAGACUUGUGAUCUGUAAUUGAUAUUCCUUAAGUUGUAGGACAUCUGGAGACUGUAUCUCUGCUUUAGUGGCUGAACCAUCUUAUCAAACAUGGAUCUGCUGGAGAUUGCUCUGCAAUCAUGGUUAAUGACAAAGUGCAUUUAACGAUGUUAUCCUGGGCCUGUCCAGAUGAUGGGUUGGCAACUUUCGAUUAGUAAUCGAAGAUCAUGGUCUUCAUUCUGUGGCAGUGGUAGAUGAAAGGGACUUUACGGGAGUGUUGUUGAAGGUUUGCUGGUCUGGUGCAUCCUGCCAAGUCUUUUGCUUUCGUGCCUUCUGUGCGAACACUCCCUACACCAUUAAAGGUGGAACUGUGUGCCAGGCAGGUUUCCUUAACAUUCCUGCAUAAGAUGUGACCUGAUGUUUUGUUUCUGUGUCACAAACUUGUCAUGGUAAACCGUGUCUGCUUAGAAGUCUCUUUCACUACUCUUUUCACUUGAAUGUGACCACAUGCAUGAUGACACUGAAAAUAGUUCAUCUCGUGGGUUAAGGUUAUUCUGCUAAUAUCCAUUUUUUUAUGCAGUCUGUUUCAUUUGGAUACCUUACUGGAUACGAUUACAGAUACAAAUUUAUGAACUGAAAAGCAAACUAGCAUGAUCCUGAGAUUACUAUAAAUGCAGGCAUGACUACCAGUAAUUUUCAACUUUCUGAAGCAUGUACACAAACAAAUGUUAGCUUCAAGAUUUGGGAAAGAUCUUUUGCUUCUUUAGUUUGAUGUUUGAAAACGUCUUUGUCAAAACUAGGGAUGGAAUUGUUGUUGCCUGUAGUCCUUUACUGACCAAGCCUUUAGUAAAGCUAUUGAGUAUUGUCAUAUACCUUUUUGAGGAAAGAUGUGCAAGAAGAGAACCUUUUCUUAAACUAAGUAGGAAUAAAAGUCUGGCUGUCAAUGUUGCUUUACACCUUAAGAAAGUUUUUAACAAAAGAAAAAUCCUGAAAAUAAUGGAUUCAUCUGUGAAUUGCCUUACAAUGGACCCCAUGAUGAUUUAGUAUGUGUGCAUGCAUGUAUACUUAUGUAUGCAUGCUUGGGUUGCAAUGGGGUGUGUGCAUAUUGGGUGGAUAUCAGUCUAUACGUGUUUUUUUCUCCACACUUUGUGUACAUUUUACAGUGCAGUUUUUAUUCUGAGGCAGAUGUAAAUAGAUUUUAUGCAUGCAAUGUCUUGUACAGAAUUUCUUUCUAUUUUCUGUAUAUGUUGGUAUGCCUGUAUAACUGCAUGAUAAUUGUAGCCAUAAUAAUGUGAUGUGUGAUAAUAGUUUCCAGAUUGUAUAGGUUAAGUAAUACUAGAUGUACAAGCAAAAUAGUGAGUGUUUCAUUUUGUUACCCAACAUGCAAGCACAAUCCCUUCGCUUACCCACCUAGACUUUAAAGUACUGUAAUGUUUGUAAAUGUUUAUGGCCCUAACCAGUUAUCAUUGUGCUCAACCACACCUCUGCUUCCAUGCAUCUCUUAUUUUUAUUUAUAUAAAGAAGCAGACCAAUUGAUUCCUGUGAAUACUUUUCAUUGCUAAAAAAUCUUAUAUCUGUUGCCAUGUUGGCACCUUCCCUUUGUCGUCAUCUACAGUCCAGUUGAAAACAGUAGUACUGUUCCUUUAAGAGAUCCAGUGUCCACAUUUUCCAUUUGAACAACACUUGUUCACUUGAGUCCCAGUUGGUGCACUGUUGGAUAGUAGCAUUUAUACAAGGAGUAUAAAGAGGCAUUUGCCUCCACCAUAUCAACUUAAUAACUCAGCAAGGGGUGGAAGAUGUGCCACCAUGAACACAGAAUUGUGUUGGGAGCAUCCUUGCAGCAAAAGAUCACAGGCCUGAGUUUUUUAAUUCUUUUUCAUACGUAAAUGUCCCAUUUCAAAAGAUAAAGGCUUUUUGAGCACUUCUAUGUAUAGGGGGAAAAAAGGUACAAAUGCACAAAUAACUCAGUCCAGGAAAUCAAGUUAUACAUCAACUACCAAAACAUUGCUGAAUAUUUUUUUUCAUUUUAGUUCUAUUUCUGAUGAUGCAUAGAGUGCACUCUGUGUACAAAAACCUGUAACCAAAACAAUGGCUCUUUUUGCCUUUUCAAAAUCUAAUGAUGUUUCAGUAUUGCAAAUAUGUAGGUGGCUUUAAAGAUGAUUCGCUCUCACACUUCUGUUUGUGCUUUUGUCAACAAGGUAUGAUUUUUAAUGUUUAUUUAUUGAAUGUGAUUGUGUUAAAAGUAUUUUUCUGCGAGAGAAGUGGGACAAAUAUCAGGGAGAAUGGAUUAGCUGUGAGGCGUGUAAACCUAGUGCUUUCACCUGUCUUGUUCAUCAUUCUGGCUCAUGUGUUACAAUAUCGGUCUCUCAUGCUUUCUUGUCCAUCAAUUGCUCUUAGGUACCAUGUCCUUUUGUGCAUGAAUGCAACAUAGAACCUGGUGUCCUGUUUUUCAGUUGCUUCCUAGGGUAUAAGUGUUUUCGAGUCAUAACUUGGUCAAGUAAGAAUGAAGUUUUAUGUCUUUGUUCUGCUGCUGACCCCAUGAUGCCUAUAACAACAAAAAUACCCCCCAAAUAAAACUUCUGGUCUCCAAAUUUACAUGUUGAAAACUCAGCAUCUGAAUAUAAAAUUCCACUGGGGGUGUUUCUUAAGUACAACAUUCAUUUAAUGGUUUUGGCAAUUUUAGAUUGUCUCAGACGUAUUUGCUUUAUGUGACUUUGCUGUAAAAUUCACUUUCAUGAACAUUAUAUCUAGUGAAGGAGAUUUUAAUCAAUUCUAUUAUUUAAACCGAGAGUUCAGUACUUGCUUCUACCUUGUGUUUGGGAAUGCAUUCAUGCACGCUUGUGUUGGUCCGUCCACAUGCUUUCUAGAGAUAAAAAUAUUGCUAGAAAUCAGCAACAACAAAAGCCUCUUUCUUUUCAGUGAAAUAAACCUGUGCAUGUUGUGCAGUAAUUUGUAAGUAAAAGUUACAUUGUAGCUAUAAUUCAAGGAGUUCUGAACAAUAAGUUGGGGACCCACAAGAACAUUCUACACCCAAGUAAUUUGGGUUCGGGUAAUUUUUUUAUAAGGGAUUUAAAAAAAAAAUUAACUGACCAAAACAACGUGAGAUUUAUGUGGUGACAAGUAUAUGCACAUUUAAUAUACCUUGUGACUUGAAAAAGAAAUUUUUUUUAAAAAGUCUUUACAGAAAAUAGUAGUAGCGGAUGAAUAGCGAGGUGUAUGUGGCAGCCAUCUGGACCUACAGGUUAGCUUAUUGCAAGUUACGCAGAGGAGCACAGUGGAGUUUUGUUGUAUCUUCUUCAGCGCAUUUUUGCAAAAGCAAAUUUUUUUCCAGAAUUUGUGGGCAUUUUUAGUGCAGUUGCAAAAUGUUCAGACUGCUACCAUGAUUAUUUCGUUGCAUUUAAGGUGCUAGAAGUUGAUUUUUUUCUGGCCCCGUUUUUGUGCUCCUUGUAUGGUCAGCAAAACUAUUCUGUGCAGACUGUUUUGGUAUCAGGACCCAACGGUGGACAGUGUCAACUGCUUUUUUUUUUUUUAGGGGAGGAGAUGGGUUUUUUUUUUCUUCAGUUUCCUUUUGAGUAUGUUCACACUAACAGACUUCAGGGUAUCGUUGGUUUGUAUGUGUGUGUUUUUAUGUCUCAAGGCUGAGGUGCCUGCUCUAUAAGAAUCUAAGAUAACUUAUACUAAGCUUUUGCAAUGCACUAAUUCCUGGUAAAACAUGCUCUAUAAUAGGGGACUAAUAUUCUCCUUUUUAUUAUAGGCAGACAUCAUAUUUGAAUCUAUGCUGGACUAAAAUUUGACUUAAUACGAGAAGUUAAUGGUCAAGUUCAUGAAGGAUGUGGCAGAAAUGUAGUUUCUGUUUAAGUAUCUGCUUGCUUACUUUUUAUGUGUUUGUCUUUCAGCAAAAUGCAUAACCAUUGUGGACAUGUAGAUGAAUGAUAACUGCAUCAAGAUGAAUAUGCAUGACUUUGGUUUUCAUUGUUGCUUUGUAUCAAGUGCAAUGCCUUACACUAAGGGAAUGGGCCUGAUGUGUCCAGUGUUGUAAAGUUGUCCAUUGCUUAAUAUCAAGUGUGAAUGUAUAUGGCUGGUGAGCUUUUGAGCUCGUACUUCACAAUAUGGUUGCCAAAUCACACUACUGAAAGGCAGUCCUGUGUCAGAAAAUCUAUAUUCAUGUCAAGUUUGCAGAUGUUAUCCUCGAAGUCUGGUGAUGUGAACCGCUGUAUAACGCUGAUCAUUGUAGUCAAUUUCUGGCUUCUUUUUUAAUAUUUUGCCAGAAAUUUCCAAUGGUAUUUCCUGAACCAGACCACACUUUCAUUUUGUUCUUGCUCCAGUUCUUGUACAGACCAUUUACCAAAAUGCCACCAUGUUGUGAUUUUUUUUCCUCCUCUCUUUAUUUUUUAUCCUCAGUCAUGUCCAUUUCAUUGUUGCAUUUCAUUAAACUGGUGAACAAGUUCACCCUUGAGUCUGCGACUGACAAAGUGUGUAGUGUAUGUUUCAUAAGGCCGUGAUGUGGCAAGGCGUGACUUACAGCCAUGCGCUUUCUAACAAAUUAAAUAUAGAUUAAAAUAAUACCAAUAAAUAAAAUCUAUAAGUUACUGUGACCAUUUGCUUGAAUGAAUAUAUCAUUUACACACAUUAUCAUUUAAAUAUGUAUUAUCCACAAAGUUCAAGGAUAGAAAAUUAUUAAUGGUUAACAAGUAGAAAAUGAAUGGUACUCAAAAACUUUUUUCUUUACAUUUAAUAUUAUGCAAACAUAUAAUUAGCUGCUAGAAACUUUUAGUACUGCAAGUGGAAAAAUGGUGCGAAGACAGUAUAUGAGAACCACAGUCCACUGUCUUUGGUGAAAGAAUUUUACUACAGUACAGUGGCAUUUACAUUUGUGAAUGUAAUAUAUUUAUUUCUGCUAAGCAUGCAACAAAUGCAUUCAGAUGUAAAGUGAUAAUAAUUAUUAUAUAUACCCUAACCUAAUUCAGCCCUUUUCCUUUGGUUGAUUUUUUUUUUUUUUAAAUGUGGUCCACUGGUUAUGUUGAUUUUCUGACAGUAGGCACCAUGUCAUUGUUAUUGUCACAGUAAACCAGGCAGGCAGGAAGAGAUCACAACUGAAACAAUAUUAGAAUCUCUCGCUAGGUUUCAUUCAAUGCAUCUCUGUUUAUAUGAUCAAUCUCUAGGCCAUGAUCACAUUUCUGACAGUGUGUCAUGGAAUUAAAAACAAGGAGCCUUGGUAACUCAACUUAUUAUAGAUGACAUCAUGUCCCAGCAUGGGAAACUGAAAAAUCAGGCAAAAAGACUGCAGCACACAAAUUACUUGGCAAGAUUAGGGGUGAAACCAAUCACGAUAAAGCACACAUCUUCAUUGUUAGUGUUUGUUGUCUUUGUCCUAUUUUCAGCACACUUUUUUCACUAUUUUGGAACAAUGUUUUAAAACAUUUGACUGUGAUUUUGACCCUUUUACCUGUAUCAUGAUCUUCAUGGCUGUUGUAGCGGUAGGCAGUCACCAAGAUGUCCACCAUCGUGAUGACUGCCCAUCUAGUCAAGAUUGCAGAGUUCAGCCUGCAGCCUAGGACAAAAUCUGAAGUACAAAAAUUCUUCGCUCUGAUCUUACAGAGCACUGUGAUGAACCAUCAUGCAUUAUCUGAAGAACGUCAUUCUGUGUUUGAUUAAUGCCUGUGUAUUCGAGUUUUGCAUGGAAGUAGAUAUCAGUAUAAACAUGGCAACAUGCAGCAGAGAGAAUGUGCACUCUGAUCUCUGGGUUACAACCACACACAAGGAAUCAAAAAAAAAAGGGCACAGUACAUUGUUGACAUGAAUCAAUAAAUUGUCUGGCUGUUUGUUUUUUGUUUUUAAAGAAACCAUCUUACCUUUUUUUCACACUAGAUUGUUGCACUGUCGUGCUGUUUGCUACUCAGCUACCAACACAUUAGGCAAAUUUAUUAGCUGGCUGAACUUUCAAGAAACGUGUUUUAUAUGUGCAAGUAUUUGUAGCUUCAUUUAUAAUGUUGCUAAGCCCAUGAGUGCACAGUGUGAUUUUUGCACUGCUGACUGGCCAGCCAGCCUGCAGAGGGGUUUGUUGUCAUCUUUUUCUUACAGCUCACAUAGUCUGCGUAAUUAUUCCACUAUCAUCCUUAAAAGCCUGUGCAUCAAAACUGGCAUGUACAUCUUACCAAAGAUCCUUUCUUGGACAAUAAAGCUGUGAGACAA